AUGAGGGUGCUGUGUGCCUUCCCUGAAGCCAUGCCCUCCAGCAACUCCCGCCCCCCCGCGUGCCUAGCCCCGGUGGCUCUCUUCUUGGCUCUGUUGCUCCAUCUCUCCCUUUCCUCCCAAGCUGGAGACAGGAGACCCUUGCCUGUAGACAGAGCUCCAGGUUUGAAGGAAAAGACCCUGAUUCUACUUGAUGUGAGCACCAAGAACCCAGUCAGGACAGUCAAUGAGAACUUCCUCUCUCUGCAGCUGGAUCCGUCCAUCAUUCAUGAUGGCUGGCUCGAUUUCUUAAGCUCCAAGCGUCUGGUGACCCUGGCCCGGGGACUUUCGCCCGCCUUUCUGCGCUUCGGGGGCAAAAGGACCGACUUCCUACAGUUCCAGAACCUGAGGAACCCGGCAAAAAGCCGUGGGGGCCCCGGCCCGGAUUACUAUCUCAAAAACUAUGAGGAUGACAUUGUUCGAAGUGAUGUUGCCUUGGAUAAACAGAAAGGCUGCAAGAUUGCCCAGCACCCUGAUAUUAUGCUGGAACUCCAAAGGGAAAAGGCAGCUCAGAUGCAUCUGAUUCUUCUAAAGGAGCAGUUCUCCAAUACUUAUAGUAACCUCAUAUUAACAGCCAGGUCUCUAGACAAACUUUAUAACUUUGCUGAUUGCUCUGGACUCCACCUGAUAUUUGCUCUAAAUGCACUGCGUCGUAAUCCCAAUAACUCCUGGAACAGUUCUAGUGCCCUGAGUCUGUUGAAGUACAGCGCCAGCAAAAAGUACAACAUUUCUUGGGAACUGGGUAAUGAGCCAAAUAACUAUCGGACCAUGCAUGGCCGGGCAGUAAAUGGCAGCCAGUUGGGAAAGGAUUACAUCCAGCUGAAGAGCCUGUUGCAACCCAUCCGGAUUUACUCCAGAGCCAGCUUGUAUGGCCCUAAUAUUGGGCGGCCCAGGAAGAACGUCAUCGCCCUCCUAGAUGGAUUCAUGAAGGUGGCAGGAAGCACAGUGGAUGCAGUUACCUGGCAACAUUGCUACAUUGAUGGCCGGGUGGUCAAGGUGAUGGACUUCCUGAAAACUCGCCUGUUAGACACACUCUCUGACCAGAUUAGGAAAAUUCAGAAAGUGGUUAACACAUACACCCCAGGAAAGAAGAUUUGGCUUGAAGGUGUGGUGACCACCUCAGCUGGAGGCACAAACAAUCUAUCAGAUUCCUAUGCUGCAGGAUUCUUAUGGUUGAACACUUUAGGAAUGCUGGCCAAUCAGGGCAUUGAUGUUGUGAUUCGGCACUCAUUUUUUGACUAUGGAUACAAUCACCUUGUGGACCAGAAUUUCAACCCAUUACCAGACUACUGGCUCUCUCUCCUUUACAAGCGCCUCAUCGGCCCCAAAGUCUUGGCCGUGCAUGUGGCUGGGCUCCAGCGGAAGCCACGGCCAGGCCGAGUGAUCCGGGACAAACUAAGGAUUUAUGCUCACUGCACAAACCACCACAACCACAACUAUGUUCGAGGGUCCAUUACACUUUUUAUCAUCAACUUGCACCGAUCAAGAAAGAAAAUCAAACUGGCCGGGACUCUCAGGGACAAGCUCGUGCACCAGUACCUGCUGCAGCCCUAUGGGCAGGAGGGCCUGAAGUCCAAGUCAGUACAGCUGAACGGCCAGCCCUUAGUGAUGGUGGACGAUGGGACCCUCCCAGAACUGAAGCCCCGCCCCCUGCGGGCCGGCCGGACAUUGGUCAUCCCUCCAGUCACCAUGGGCUUUUAUGUGGUCAAGAAUGUCAACGCUUUGGCCUGCCGCUACCGAUAAACCCCCUCACACUCACAAGUCACCAGCAGGCCUGCUGGACUGCUUUCCACUCUUCUGCCCUAAUGGUAUCAGUAUUUUUCAGGCAUCUUCUGAGCAAUGAACCAGUGUCUGCCACCCCAUCCUGCUGGAAUCAACACUGACUUGUUCUCCAAAGAGACAAAUACCCUAGCAUGAGCUUAGCCUAGGUAGGUCACUUCCACCCCAAAGGAAAAUGUGGACAUCAUCUGUACCUAUAUAAGCACGAAGGUAUGUGUAUAGAGCUGUAUGCACCCUUGUACAUGCACCAUGAGAACAAGCUGACAGUGCACUCCCAGGACAAAUAAAACAAGUCCCCACAAUCCUGAUCACAUAGCAAUAUAACUACAGACCUUAGCCUGUGGCUGCUGCCCUAGGCAGAAGAUGAGGAAGGAAAAAACCUGGCGGACCUUCGAGAGCCCAGUCCCCCCUAACUCCUUUCCUUUCUCUGUUCCCUGCUGUUGCCCUCGGUUUCAUAUCCCCUCUCCUCCCAUAGGGGAGCAGGUGGGUGAGUCAGUGCUGGCCUGCUGGGCAAGCUGUUUAUGUAAUUUCCUGGCUGAUGUAUGAGCGUGUGCAUCUGGGUUUCUGACAGUGGCAUCAAUCACUAGCUAGUCCUCUGGGAAGCGGGUGCUUCAAAAGUAAAAUUGCAAUCAUA